AUGCGAGAAACAGCAUCUGUAAGGCUCGUUCCUUCUAUCAAGCCACCCAGGCAGCUGCUUGGAGUGACUGAGGAGGGUGCUCGGGUUCCGUGGGGGCUUGCAUCAGCACCACAGAAGCUUGCCAAGCAGCCGGCCGAGGGCUUUAAGGGUUCACUUCAGCUAAAAGUCCUGCCUGUGCUCGUUGAAAGACUUCAGGAGCCACAGAAAUCCAGCAGCAGUCAGAAAAGGCGUGUCUUGGCAUCUGGGACUGGCACAAACAUCAGUGUGGUACCUGGCGAUCUUUUACGGAUAGGCUGUCCUGUACAUCCCAAUACAAAGAAUACCAUUCGCUGGUCCUUUAAAAACCAACCUGUUGAAGAAAUUCUAGGCUUCAAUCACAGAACUCUAGCCGAGGGACGUAUCCUGGAGGUGAACGUUGUCUCCAGUCGGCUUGCUGGGCAAUACAGAUGCUGGGCUUCAUCGAGUGUCAAGCCAUUGUCUGUUUGGGUAAAUGUCAAGAAGGAAGAACACAGGUGGGCGCUUGGCGAGUGGAGUCCCUGUUCUACCUUUUGUGGGAAUUUGGGGACCCAGGUCCGAAGACUUGUGUGUGUGAACCUGAAGGGGCAAAGAGUGAACAAAUCACUGUGUAAAGAGAGCCAGAAGCCAGUUGUGAAUCACCGGUCUUGCAACAUCCGUGACUGUCCUGCCAGGUGGGCAACGAGUGCCUGGUCUGAAUGCUCUGCUUCAUGCGGCUAUGGGUUUCGUCAGCGGCAAAGAAUUUGCAAACAAGUCAAAGCCAACGGUGCUGCUGUAACGGUGCCUCCAAGCACUUGUGCAUACAGAGAGCGGCCUGUGGAAAGGACACCUUGUGUGGGAUAUUCAUGUCCAGGAUGGAUAAUUCAUCCAUGGGGUCAGUGUGCUGGGCGCUGCAUCGAUCGCACUGUGGGCUUGCAGCACCGUCUUGUUCGGUGUCAGCACCAGAAUGGAUCGGCGGCAUCAUACUCACGCUGUGACGAAGGGAAAAGACCAACUCUUAGAAGAAACUGCUCCACAGACAAAUGUGACGUAUUUUGGCAGACAGGACCCUGGCGACCCUGCAGCGUGGACUGUGGAAGCGGGUUCCAGUCGCGACAUGUCGACUGCAUCCACAGGAGAAGCAAGAGACCCGUGGCAGAUCAGUACUGCACCUGGAGGAAGAGACCGGUGACUUGGCAACACUGCAAUGUCACUUCCUGUGACAAAGGUGAAUGCAAGGAUACUACUCACUACUGUACAUAUGUAAAGCACCUAAAAUUGUGCUUGAUAGAAGUCUACAAACAAAGGUGUUGUCAAUCAUGUGAAGAAGGUUUCUCUUCUAUGAGAAGUUCAUAAUGCCUUGACGAAGAUAUCACAAGAAGAGAAUUUUACAUCUCUCUCAAUCUGGAGUGCUUUGGAUCAUAAAGAUAGAUGAGUAAUAUGGGAUUGACUAAAAAGAAAACAUAGGAAUAU